GGCAAUUAUAUUUUAUUCACCACAUUUGAAAGAAACUCACCACAAAAAUCGUCUUCAGCAAACGUCAAAUUUUGUUUACCAACAAACCAAACACGACCUCCCUAUUACCUGCAAUAACACGCCGCAGCCCACAUCGCUAUGGAGUCCGAAUCGGCGGAAACCGUGCCGGAGGCGCCCGAAUCGGCCCCCACCGAUGCCGAAACCGAGGAGGCCCAAUCACAGGACUCCCAGGAAGCGGUCAGCAACAUCGACGCCACCUCGCAGGAAAGCUUCUCGGACGAUCCGUCGUACCAGAGCCAGGAGUUUCUGCAGCGAAAGCUGUACUUUUUGCUGGAACAUUUGAAGAAGAUGCACUCGUCGGUGCCGGAACAAUAUCAGGUUCGAAUUUCAUACGAAUUACUAGCUGGAUUAGCAAAUUCUUUGCUGAAUGACACAAUUUUUGAGAUUGUGAAGGGUUUGAUGGAGAUUCAGCAUGUCACCGAGAAGCAUUUGAUGCAGGUUCGCGAAAAAGUCGAGAACGAUCAUCAACUUGAGGUUAAGCAAUGGGAGUCGAAAAUCCAAGAUCCAGAAGAGCUGGAGCACAUCAUAGCGUUGAUGAAGAUCAAGCACACCAAAAAUCUAAAGGAAACCGACAUGAAGCUUGUGCUUCACCUCGAUCAGAAGGUCAAGGAUCAGCAGUCCACGCUGGAGAAGGCGGGCGUGCCCGGGUUUUACGUCACGGACAAUCCGAAGGAGAUCAAGAUUCAGAUGUAUCUGCUGGACUUUAUUCUGCGGCUGAGCAGGACAAAGUUCGAGCAUAAUAAAUAACAUCCGGCCAACUGGUGGGAGGGGGAAAUUGGAUGAGACUGUUAACUUCUUUCUAAGCGUAACUUAACAACAUGCUGACCUAAAAUAAAUAAAUUUCGCAAAAUCUUGUUGAAAAGUUACACAUUUGACUCUCUGUUUGUCAAUAUCUAAGAGACUAUCGAGAGAGAGAAAUUUAAAGAACUGUGUUAAAUGAAGACUCGAUUUAUGUUUUCCUGUUAAGUGAGAAAAUCAAGCAGCGGUGACGAACGACCACAUUUCGGUUAAAGUCAGUUCAAUAAACAACAACAUUGCCAAAAGCAAAAAAACAAACGGUUGUCAAACUCCUUUUAAAGCUCCAUUUCUCGAUCAGCUUGCGAUCAAUUUAGGAAUAAUCAAUAUCAAAAACGUUUUGAAUUGUCCAGCUGCACGUCUUUCAAUUCAUUUGAUGAUCCCCACUCAAAAACAACGAAAAUUCAGUUUGUGUUAGAAGACCUAUUGUAAACAAACCCAAAAAAAUAUCCCUUAACCUUUAGCAAACUUGUCAAUAGUAUUGUGAACCUAAAUAUUGAUACUAUCAUUCUCAACUGUUGAAAACCAUUUCAAAUAAAGUUAGAUUUUAAAAGCAAAAUACCAAAAUAAACAUAACCUUGCAUGCAAGAUUGAAUGCAAUUACCCCCUCCCAAUUUCAGAUGCCAUUCAUUAGUAUGAGUAGUGCUUGAUCAACUUACCCGUACAUCUUCAAGCGCACAUGGUUUCUUCUUUUUAGUAUUAGUGGUACUUGAAAACCGUGCUUGUGUGGAACCCCAAAAAAUCAAAAUAAAUAUGGAAACGCACGCACAAACAUAAACAAUCUAAUUCAACCACUAUUUUGGACCGAAUCAUUGCCAAAAUGAACCACGCUCAAAAUAACCCAACAACCCCGCCUUGUCUAGCUUUUAUUCACAAAACAUUUUGGGAGAUCCACCCCUCGGCGGCGGUUAUUGACUCCGAUCUUAGAAAUGCUUAGAAAUGACCGCCUUCGACAACUGCGCAGUUAGUCCCAAACUGACGCAAUUGUGCUCAAUUGGACCCAAUCAGUGAGUGUUUCGCUCUAGCAAGAUUAGGCCCAAAUUUUUGUUAUGAUUUCGAUGUUUUAGGUUAAACCUAUGUUUAGAAUUUUGAACUUUUUGCAAUACAAUUUUAGUUUUGAAUAAAGAAACAAGUUUUAUGUUAAUUUAAGGACUGUAACUAAGAUCAAACUGGUUGCAAAAUUUUGGAAAAAAAAUAUUUUUACAUGGACUUCGUUUAAAUUUGUAAACAAAUGAGACAUUUUUGACGCAAAUCGGAUCCCGAUAGCUAUCCUUUUUAGGCAUUCGAAAUCAACUUUGAAUGAAAUUCCCACGGAACACUUCCCAUCUCGUUAUCAGCUCAAGUACUCCUGAAUGGCCCGAGAUCGUCAGCAUCAAGUGCUGUGCAC